GGAGUCCCUUAACUAAGCUCGUUUCUUUUCAUCGGGGUUUCGCUAUGCGUUUCUUCUUCUGCCGGUAGUUUUUUACCGAUCUUUCCGUAGGGAUCUCAUGACGGACUGGGACAUCCGCAUCUAUAUUCUGCUUUAGAUGGAGGUCGGAGGACUGAAGUCAGUCGUGUCUGCGGCUCUAAUGGAUUUUACGUAGACUUGUGUUGUGUUUUAAUGACUUUUACUGCCUUCCUGCUCGUUUUAUUAUCAUUACUUUCAUUCGGUUUGCUCCUCCGCGGAGUGUCCAGUCCCUUUAACUCCGGCAACAAUGUAACUAACUGGAUCGCUUGCUCAUCUCUCUUCCGCCGAGCUCCACUCCGAGGACCGCAGCUCGCCACCGCCGCUUAGACGCUCUCGACACCUUAUCGUGUGUUUAAUCGCCGAGCUUCGCGAUGGCCGAGCUGCGGCGGCCGACGCUGUGCUGCUGUCGGAAAGUGCUGUCCGUGGCCGGUAAUAAGUCCUGCGAGGGCGGCCGGAGUCUGGCGCACUGUCGCCUGGUGGACGUCGCGUCGGCGUCCAACUUCCACAGCUUUAAACUCCGACAUUUCCACCUGGACCUCCACCUGAACUUUGCCAUCAAGAGGAUGACGGGAUGGCAGGUUCUGGAGCUCACGCCCGUCCAGCCCGGCGUCCAGUCGCUCAUUCUGGACACGCAUCCUUCAUUAUUAAUUCAUUCCGUGGACUGCAAGGUGCCCGGGGCGUCCGGUACUCCCGACGUGUUUUUGUCGCUCACCUACCGAAUAGAACCGUUCACCGAUUACGGCUCGUCUCUGAACAUCAGCCUCCCGGCCGCGGUGACCCGGCCGCACCGGGCUUUCCGUGUCACCAUCCGCUACACUUCCACAGACGGUCCUGCGAUUUGGUGGCUGGAUGCCGAGCUGACAUGUGGACAAACGCGUCCGUUGGUCUUCACUCAGGGUCACUCAGUCUGCAACCGGUCGUUUUUUCCCUGUUUUGACACCCCAGCCGUCAAAAGCACCUACUCUGCCACUGUCAGGGUACCAGAGGGUGUCACAGUGUUGAUGAGUGCCUCAAGAAGUGCAUACUCUAAACAGGACAGGGUUUUCCAGUUCUCCAUGGAGUACCCUGUCCCAGCCUACUUGGUUGCCCUGGUGGCAGGAGACCUACAUCAUGCAGACAUUGGGCCCAGGAGUCGUGUGUGGGCAGAGCCCUGCAUCCUGACGUGUGCGGUCAGUAAACUGGGCGGCAAUGUGGAGCGCUGGCUUAAUGUGGCAGAGGGGCUUUUUGGGCCGUAUGUAUGGGGAAGGUACGACAUAGUGUUCCUUCCUCCUUCAUUCCCCAUCGUUGCCAUGGAGAAUCCCUGUCUUACUUUCAUCAUUUCCUCCAUACUGGAGAGUCAAGAGUUUCUUCUGAUCGACGUCAUCCAUGAGAUCGCUCACGGCUGGUUUGGCAAUGCGGUCACCAAUGCUACCUGGGAAGAGAUGUGGCUCAGUGAGGGUCUGGCCACUUAUGCUCAGAGGCGCAUUACCACAGAGGCCUAUGGAGAAGCCUUCACUUGUCUUGAGACUGUGUUCCGUCUAGACGCUCUUCACAGACAGAUGCGUCUUCUUGGAGACAACAAUCCUGUCAGUAAGCUGCAGGCCAAAUUUGAGCCAGGUGUAAACCCCAGCAGUCUAAUGAAUCUGUUCACCUAUGAGAAAGGCUUCUGCUUUGUAUCGUACCUCUCGCAGCUGUGCGGCGACAUCCAGAGAUUUGAUAGCUUUCUUAGGGCCUACAUUGAGAAGUUCAGAUUCAGCAGCGUGGUCGCUCAGGAUCUGUUGGACUUUUUCCUUGGCUUCUUCCCUGAGCUGAAGGAGAGCUGCGUUGCUCAACGAGAGGGUCUGGAAUUUGAGCGAUGGCUAAAUGGCUGUGGUCCUCCGUUAUGUGAACCAGAUCUCUCGGCGGGUAGAGCUCUCACGGGCCCUGUUCAGCACCUGUGUGAUCUUUGGGGAGUGGAUGCCCCUGACCCCCAUGUGAUCUCUACAUUUGACCUCUCCUCCUGGAGCACCUUUCAGACCGUGCUCUUCCUGGACCGACUUCUAGACCGCUCACCUCUGCCUCAAGAGGUGAUGAGUCUUUUGUCAAGCUGCUACUCUGCGCUGUUGGACGGCAUGAACGCUGAAGUCCAGAUUCGAUGGCUGCAGAUAGUUGUGCGGAACAGCUUUUAUCCCGAUCUGCCCCGAGUUCGCAGCUUCUUGCAUAAACAUACCUCACGGAUGUACACCGUGCCGCUUUACGAGGAUCUGUGCGGAGGGGUGAUGAAGUGUUUCGCUGUGGAGGUAUUUCAUCAAACUCAGGCCAGUCUGCACCCAAAUCUACGCAGGACACUUCAGCAGAUACUGUUCCAAAGCAACACCAGCACCGCUUCACCUCUAUUCACAUCAGCCCCCUCUGCCCCUUCCUCGCCCACAGACCCCCCUGCCAACGGGACCAUAGCCUUACGAGACGUCAAUGUGUCCGCAUGAGUUCAAAACCUCUGUGGAGACGCAGAAGGAUGGAGGUGAAAAGCCAGAAGGGCAGGAACUGGACAGGAAUUGAAAUCCUUGGCUCAGACUGGACAAUAGCAAUGCAUUGUGGGAGGCCAGCACUGAUGAGUGUACACUCUCACCAACACUGGGAUGUCUGUUUAUAAAGGCAGACACUGAUUUUUAUAAGCUAAACAUAUAAAGCUGCUUAGGGCUGUGGAACAAAGUGGAGGACAAUUGUUUUCAAUGGUUAUUAAUGCCAUAGCCUGUGUGUUUGUGUGUGUGUGUGUGUGUGUGUGUUUGUUUAUUUUUGUGGGUGUUUCGCGUAUGUUCUGCCGGCCUAUGCACAUCAUCUCACGUUGUGUUUCGUUCUCUGAGAAAUCAACUGGAGGACUUAACAAGAUUUCCGACUUUCCUUUUGCUAGCUGCGCAGAGGUGUUCUGAGGAGGACCAAGUGUUUGAAAACUGACGUGAAUGCACACCGUCUGUACUCACUGUGCAAAUCUGAUCAUGGCCUAAUGAAGAUCCUGCAGAACCAAUGCACUCUCAGCCUUCCUGUGAUAAACAGACCGUUUCCUUUUUGAUUGACCUGGACUCUGUGUUUCUCAAGCUUCUCUUUCCUGGUGCUAACCACUCGACAUAAGUCUCAGGUAUAUCAAGACAGAAGACUUGGUGCCAUGUUAGUGCCUUUCAAACCUUUCAACACUCCUGUUCAAAUGAACAGUCUGAAUUUGUUAUUUGAGCCAUUCUAGGGUUAUAUUGGUGACCAUUGUCCUACAUACAUUGUGUUAGAGGUUGCUUUCAGGAAUUGAGAUGCUGUGGUGAUUUCUUUUUUUAUUUUAUAAUAGGCAAAUUUCCCUUAAAUUGGUACAUUUUGAAGAGAAGGGAGCAGUUUAUGGAUUGAGAGGAUGCAGUGACCAGGUGUUCAGGGUGGGGUUAGAGCUAGAUGGGUCCAAGCUGAUCAUCAGUGGCCUUAACUACAAGCACAGUUCAGUUUUACAGUUAAUAAAGACAUCAGAGAGGACUGUUCCAAAGACUGGACUGGAUUUCACCUUCUUGCAUAUGUGGCAGACACAGUUUCUCUUCUUUUGUUGACUGAAGGUUUAAACCCUGCACAUCCAAAAAUAAAAGGGGUUGUUUCAACCCUCAUCAAUUGAUGUUUACUUUAA